AAAUAAACCCUGCCCUAAACCUCCUCCGCCGCCGAAGGGUCGACCAAGAAGAAGAAACCCUCAUCAAACAAAUCAAAAAAGAAAAGAAGAAGCGAGCGAGGGGCAGAAUCACCAAUGGCGGGCGGUGGGCUGUCCGGCGGCGCGGCCGCGUUCUGGGCGACAAGAGCGCUGGAGGUGGUGAAGCGGAACGACUCCCCGGGGCUGUUGUGGAAGCGGAUCAAGCUCACCACCACCCGCAAGAACAACGCCAAGAAACGCCUAAAGCGCCUCUGGCAGAACGAAGCAGUUAUAAGGGCUUCUGCUCAAGCAGAAUCAUCGUCAACUUCAAGCACGGCUGCCGCAUCUGAGAAACAGCAGUAGCUUGCUAGUCAACUCAUGGUUUGUGGUGAAGAAACUGAUAUGCAGUUUCAAGAUGGGCGUUGAACUUGCAUAACAUGCUGAAGCCUAAAACACAUCCUUCCGUAUAUUUUUAAGUUUGUGGUGUCAGAAGUUUGAACAAGUGCAUGCAUGUACACAUAGACUUUCUUCAUCAAGAGGAUAUUCCCUGCCGCCAUGGGCAUCUCUGCCCCACCUGCUUACAUAAGCUUGUAGCAUCUCUUCCCACUUCAUGAAAGUUCACUAUUUCUCUUUUUUUUUGUUUAUGACAUUAGUACAUUGCUUAUCUGAAACUAAUUAGGCGCCAUUUGUGAUGAGAUUUUUUCUUAAAAUUUUGAAGAUAUCCGUGAACA